UUGCUUGAUUUCAAAUCCUGGUGGGACUAUGUCCUCGUGGUGAAUUAAUUGCAGGGUGGCGGAUGUGAGUGGAUGAAGCUGCAGCUCGUUGGUUAGCUCACUUCUGGUUGCUUGAUGUUAGGCAUGGGCACCAGUGGCCAGUGGGAGGGAUUUCUGAAGCACUGAUUGCUAUGAAUAACAUACAUUGUAGUCUUUUGUGGGGUUAAUUAUCUAGCCCAUUGAAUUCUUAUUACUAAACUGCACUGCACUGCACUGCACGUUUUGGUAAAAUGUAAUGACCCUAGGUGACGAAGACAAGGUGGACGACAGCUGGCAAGGGUAUAAAUAGAUAAGAAGGACUGUUGUAGCUAUCUUUGAGCAUUUUCCAAACAAACUGUGAAGAUUAGUUAGACAAUAGAUACAUUUCUCCUUUUCCCUGUAAAAACUCUGCUUCUCUUCUUCGCUGGAAAUAAAACACCGAUCCUCAUUCUUUACAUAAAACAAAAGUUGGAGUCCAGUAGGGAGAUUUUUCAGAUCAAAGUCCUAUUUUCUUAUUGCGUUCAAAGUUUUCCAUCACACUAACCCAUAAAUCGCAGGUCAUAAAAUUGUAGAGGAAAGCAGGUUAGAUUGAUGCAAACGGAGAAGUGUAGGCACGCACCACCGGGACUAACAGCUAAUUCCUCUGUGCUUUGAUAUCCUGGAUGUUUCUGAUUUGGCUGCUGAGUAGCUGGGAUUUGAGAAGGUUUCAGAGCAGUUCAUUGAAGAGUGCAAAUGAAAGGCUGUGCUCUUCAAGCAUAAGAAGACUGGUUGUAAAGUUAUGUCAGUGUCAAAUGACAAUGAGAACAAGGUCUUUGGCAUUGUGCUUCGAACACCUCCGAAGGAUUCAACUGUGAUUCCACACAUACUGGAACACAACAUACUGUGCGGGUCAAGAGAAUAUCCUUCCAAAGAGACCGAGUUAAUUAAGGGAAGUUUGAAUACAUAUCUUAAUGUAGAGUCUUAGCAGGGGAAGGAAGUGCAGGUUUGGCUUGUUCGUCUGGCCUGGUUAUCGCACAGUAUCCAGAACCCUAUGGACAUGGUCACUCUUCUACAUAGAGUGGACUUUGGUCAGUUUAUUACUUGUUCAUCGUUCCUGCAAGACAUUGACCUCUUCGUUAAGAAAGAUUCGGUUUUGUUCACAGAACUAAUUAAUAAAUUCUGCUUCAUGAUUACAUUAUUUUGUUAAACUGCAUUUUGGUUCUUAAUCACUUCUUCUAGUAUUAGAUGUUGAUAACGAGCAUACGAAAGAUUGAUAAGGGGAGGAAAAAGUUAGAUCCAACAGGUUCUUGUAUAUCUGAUGUUUUAAAUUCUCUGCAAUUCAUGGUUG